AUGGAGAUAAUAUCAAAACAAAAGGACAAUCUCACUAUUGCAAACACUUCAGACAACUCAACUGAAGAUACAUGGAAAUGGAUGAACACAAAAUUGGUUCCUAAUAAUAAAAGAGACAUAUACUGGCGCUUGCAACAUAAUGCACUCCCAUUAGGCUAUAGAAUCAGACAUAUCGACCCCAAUGACCCAGGAAACUGCCCAAACUGCCGAAAUAUAGUUCAAACACCAGAACACUUCGCGCUCAGUUGCCCGAUAAGUCAAAAAAUUUGGAAAAUAUCAACAGAAUUGGUCGCUUCUCCAGCCAAUUUGAAAAUACCCAACGACUUCAACUCGAUAUUUACAGAUCGUUAUACAGGAAAUAUUCAAUGGAGAAACUGGAUAAACAUAAUCACCAUAUAUGAGAUAUGGUAUUGGUACACCCAGGCAAAAUGGGGUGACUCUAUUCCAGAUCCAAUUCUGGAAUUGUUAAUAAAACACAGACUUAGAAAAGAAUUAGAAGUGUUGAGAAACAAAAUCACAAAG